AAAUUGUUUUAAAAUUUAGAUGAAUAUUUUAGUUUCACAUUUUAUUGGAGUAGAAACUUCACUUUGAGAAAAACAACAGGAUUGCUCUCUUUCCCCUCAAAACUCGAAUCCAGAAGAUCAGCUUCCCAGUUUUGAGAAAAGGUGAAGCUCUCCCUGCUGGACCUCAGCCUGCCUCAAUGCCUGCAGCCAGCCUCCUGCCCAGGAAGAGGAGACAAAGAGCUUGCAGAGGACCCAGGCCAGGACCCAGAGGGGUGGCCCCUGGGAGCCCCGGCCCCCCAGCCCAGGUCUUGGUGACGUUCCAGGAUGUGGCUGUGGACUUCACCCAGGAGGAGUGGCGCCUCUUGGACCCUGGUCAGAAGGAGCUGUACAAGGAGGUGAUGCUGGAGAAUGCUGAGAACAUGCUCUUCCUGGGUCUUCCCGUUCCCAGAGAAGAUUGGUUCUUCCAUUUUCACGAAGGGGGAGAUCCAUGGAUGCUGGAGGGAAAGGGCCCAAGCAUCUCCCGUCUGGAUGAAGAGAGGCACCUUGAAGUGAGAAAGACUACUGCAAAAUUCAGAGAAGAGUCACAACAGCCAAGAUUCAUGAAUGAUGGUCAGUGUGAUUUGAGUCUGAAACAAAUCUGUGUCUCUGAUUUCAAGAUACAAAAAACACAAAAGGUUCACCAUGAAUUUGAUAAAAAUGGAAAGAGUAUCAGGCAAUAUUCCAUUUUAAUUCAGCAUAAGAAAAUUAUCUCAGGCAAUGACUCUUCUCAGGAUGGUAAAUAUAGGGAAUGCUUUACUGAUCAAGUGGAGUUUGUUGAGUCUCAUGAGAAGUCUCCAGUGCUACAAACCUAUCAAUGUAAUAACUGUGAAAUGACUUUCAAUUUAAAAUCAGAACUAAUUACACAUCAGAAAAGUCAUGCUGGAGAAAUGCUUUAUACCCAUAAUGUAGUUGAGAAGGCCUUCAGUCAUAGCUCAGAGCUCACUGACAACCAGAAAAUUCAAAAUGGAAAGGAACAUUAUGAAUGUAAUGACUGUGGUAAAGCCUUUAAGAAACAGAAAUUUCAUACUAGCACAAAGCUGCAUAAAUGUAUGCAAUGUGGGCAAGCCUUCAGGCGACAGUUAUCCCUUCUUUCCCUUCAGAAUAUUCAUGCUAGAGAGACAUCUAAUGAGUAUCCUGAAUGUAGUAAAACUUUCAGUGAAGAGUCAUCCCUUAUUGUAUGUGAAAGAAGUCAUACUGUAGAGAAACCUCAUGAAUGUAAACAAUGUGGAAAGAUUUUUAAACGGAAAUCUCAUCUUGUUGGACAUCAGAGAAUCCACUCUGGAGAAAAACCUUAUGAAUGUAAACAAUGUGGAAAGACUUUCAGACAGAGCAGCAAUCUUAAUUCACAUCAGAGAAUCCACACUGGAGAGAAGCCUUAUAAAUGCCAACAAUGUGGAAGGAGUUUUAGGUUGAACUCCAGUCUUACUGUACAUCAGAGAAUCCACACUGGUGAAAAACCUUUUGCAUGUAAUCAAUGUGGAAAGAAUUUCAAACGCAAGUCUGACCUCGUUGUUCAUCAAAGAACCCACACUGGAGAGAAACCUUAUGAAUGUAAUCAAUGUGGAAAGACUUUCCCAAGACCAGACAGACUUGCUCAACAUCAGAGAAUCCACACUGGAGAGAAACCUUAUGCAUGUAAUCAAUGUGGAAAGACUUUGUCACAUAGGAACGAUCUUGAUAUUCAUAAGAGAAUGCACUCUGGAGAGAAACCCUAUGAAUGUAAUCAAUGUGGAAAGACUUUCAGAAGAAGCUCCCAUCUUGCUAGACAUCAGCUAAUCCACACUGGAGAAAAACCAUAUGAAUGUAAUCAAUGUGGAAAGACUUUCAGAAGAACCUCCCAUCUUGCUAGACAUCAGCUAAUCCACACUGGAGAGAAACCUUAUGAAUGUAAACAAUGUGGAAAGGCUUUCACAUGGAGGGGCCAACUUGUUGUUCAUCAGAGAAUCCACACUGGAGAGAAACCCUAUGAAUGUGAUGACUGUGGCAAACCAUUUAGCCACCAUUCUUCUCUUGUUGUUCAUCAGAGAAUCCACACUGGAGAAAAACCUUAUGAAUGUAAAGAAUGUGGAAAGGCUUUCUUACGGAGGGGCCAACUUGUUAUACACCAGAGAAUCCACACUGGAGAGAAACCCUAUGAAUGUAAACAUUGUGGAAAGGCUUUCACAUGGAGGGGCCAACUUGUUAUACAUCAGAGAAUCCACACUGGAGAGAAACCCUAUGAAUGUGAUGACUGUGGCAAACCAUUUAGCAACCAUUCUUCUCUUGCUGUUCAUCAGAGAAUCCACACUGGAGAAAAACCUUAUGAAUGUAAAGAAUGUGGAAAGGCUUUCUUACGGAGUGGCCAACUUGUUAUACAUCAGAGAAUCCACACUGGAGAGAAACCCUAUGAAUGUGAUAACUGUGGGAAACCAUUUAACAACCAUUCUCAUCUUGUUGUUCAUCAGAGAAUCCACACUGGAGAGAAACCUUAUGAAUGUAAACAGUGUGGUAAAAUGUUCACACGGAAGAAUAAUCUUGCUAGGCAUCAGAGCAUGCACACUGGUGAGAAAUCUGAUGAAUAUAAAUAAUGUGACAAGACUUUCACACAGCUCCAAUCUUGUUCUAUAUCAGAGAAUCCACACUGGAAAGAAACCCUAUGAAUGACAUGACUGUGGUAACCCUUUUAAGGAUUGCUCAUCUCUUGUUGUUCAUCAGAGAAUCCACACUGGAGAAAAACUUUAUGAAUGUAAGCAAUGUAAAACCUUCUGAAAACAGUCAUCCCUUAUUUCCCAUGAGAGAAUUCAUACUAGAUAGAAAUCAGCUUUGAAAUUGGGUACAAAGCUUUAUUAGUCAUUCUGAGGACAAGCUGAAUAUGGAUUCAGCGUGGGAAUUCCAUCCUUCAGUCACAGAUCAUGUUACUUACAGACAUCAUCAGAAGAUUCAUAGUGGAGAGAAACCUUAGGAAUGUGCUUCCAGGGACAUGCCUUUUGCUGUGAGUGAGAAGUUCCUCAACAUCAGAAUCUUCACAUUGGAAGGAAGGCUUAGACAAACCAUGAUUGUAGGAAACUUUAACAUGUAUUUCUUCUUUUUUUACCUCUUGUUUAUUUUUAAUGAAAUAAUAUAAAUGUACAAUGCUCUUUAGAGAAAUAAAAAUUCCUUCAAUGUCCCAGAAA